AUGGCGGUCGUGCCGAUAGUCCAAGAAUAUGACUUAAGCGAGCCCGCUUCCACCUUCACAGUCCAUUCGAAGAUCCAGAGGGAGGCAGAAGCUAACGGUAUUGUUCGUCCCAAAGGAUACACAGUAUCAUGGCACUAUAACCCCGAAGUCGAAAACCAUCACUUUGGACAAACUCAUCCAAUGAAACCAUGGCGACUCACAUUGACCAAAUCCCUUGUGCUAUCCUAUGGUAUGCACACAGCAAUGGAUGCCUACUUAUCACGACCAGCAACCAAAGAUGAAAUCAAAGAAUUCCACAAGGACGAUUACGUUGACUUUCUCAACGUGGCAACUCCCCAAAACAUCUACGAAAUGUACCCGGAACUAGCUACUGGUCCUCAGGGCUAUUCUUCCGCCAUUUUCGGUGUAGGAGACGACUGUCCUAUUUUUGAUGGUCUCUACAAUUAUUGUUCCUUAUAUGCUGGGGCAUCUAUUGACGCCGCCCGCAAGCUAUGCAACAAGCAAUCCGAUAUUGCCAUCAAUUGGAGCGGUGGGCUUCAUCACGCUAAGAAAGCUGAAGCAUCGGGCUUCUGCUAUGUGAAUGACAUAGUACUUGCGAUACUGCAGCUGCUUCGAUACCACCCCCGAGUUCUCUACAUUGAUAUUGAUGUCCACCACGGUGAUGGCGUAGAACAAGCCUUUUGGUCCACCGAUCGUGUCAUGUGUGUCUCAUUCCACAAAUACGACAAAGAAGUCUUCUUUCCUGGCACAGGUCCUUUAGAGUCCACAGGUCCUGUCCAUCCGAAUAAUCCUGGAAAAAACUACACUAUCAACGUCCCUUUGAACGACGGCAUCGAUGAUGAGAGCUAUGCAUACCUUUUUGCCAAUGUUGUUGAGCCGACCAUCAAGAUUUACAAGCCUGAAGCUAUCGUACUACAAUGUGGAGCUGACAGUCUAGGCCACGAUCGUCUGGGAUGCUUUAAUCUCAACAUCCGUGGACAUGGUAAUUGUGUCAGCUUCGUGAAACAAUUCGGGAUUCCUUUGCUGGUGGUUGGUGGAGGAGGCUACACACCUCGCAACGUGGCGCGGGCUUGGGCACAUGAGACGAGCAUCUGUAUUGGCGCAGAUAAGACACUCAACCACGCUCUUCCAGAGAACAUGCCAUAUCGUGAUGCAUUUAGACGCGAAGGGCUGACGCUUUUCCCCAACCUGGGUGGGUGGCGAAAAGAGAAUAUGAAUAGCAGAGCGGACAUUGAGCGAAUUAUCAAGCACGUCCGAGACCAGCUGGCAGAAAUCCGGGGUGCACCGAGUGUGCAAAUGAAGCACAUCCCGCCGGACCUGCAAAUGUGGCGGGACGAUGCUGAGGAGGAGUUGCGAGAGAAGAGACUAGACAGGGAAGAAAGGAUGGAGGAGCGUGAUGGCGCGGGUGGACUGCUCGCGAAAGCCAGUCGAAGAAGGGAAUUGGAACGUACGGGACUAGGAACCCUGCAGGGUAGUGUCGCAGGCAGUGUUGCUGGUGGUGGAGGCGGAGGAGGGGGAGCAGGGAGUGUCACAGGUAACGGGGCGGGAGGCGCGAAGUAUGGUGAUUUUCUAGGUGUGGGUUGA